AAACAUGUACAUCUACUUAAAAUAUAUUUAAUCUGAUUAAAAUACACAAUUUUGCACUUGCUUUAAUUUCUGAAAACUACAUUUAAAACUCUUUUACCCUUUUUAAAAAUUAAAAAAAGUUUGAAUGCAUUUGCUAAUACAUAGUAUAUUCUAUUUUCUACACUGUUAUGUCAUCUCCAAACAUUUCUUUUUUUUAAAUUCCUAUAGGAAUGCAAAAUCUGUCAAUUUCCUGCUCAUUGGUCUGUCUAAUUAUACUGGGUAGCGCCGCCUUGGUAGGAGCUUUCGGCGUUUGUCAACGACAAAUUAGCGCCAUACUAAUAACAGGCGUCAUGUAUCUGCUGGCGGCACUGUUUGCGCUCUUCACACUCAUGAUCAUACAUUUCAAGCGCCAACAAGGACGUCCCAUGCUAGACAGCGACUAUGAUGGCACCGUCGAUGGUAUUGUGGCGCGUCCGGGCGGCGUAGCCAUAAUGGCCAAACCACUAUUGGGCGCACGCAUAUUUCUGACAUCAUGGAGUUUGGAUUUGGGCUGGGGCGGUGUGGUACUAUGCGGCAUAACAUCGGUGCUUUGGAUUUUAUUAUCGAAAAUUAUGCGUUACAAUCCAUUUUCAGCACUAAUGAUUUAGUUGCCGGUUGAAGUCUACACCUAAGUCAGUGGACUAGGUGAGGAAGAUGAAUGAUGCAGAGGCGGUAAUAAAUUGGUGCGCAUUUCCUAAGGCAACGCAUACAACAACACAUUCAGUGUGUAUGUGUUUGGUAAAUGUCAAACGUUUUAUGUACCUUAAGACGCCCUUUCAAGGCGGUGCGGAGAAUGGCGUAAUUAUCAAGCAAAUAAUACAGUUGUAGGCAUUAUAAAUUGCAAUAUGUACAUGUAUGUACAUACAUAUAUGUAAAUAUGUAUGUACGUACAUAUAUAAGCUGAUUAUGCAUAGCAACUUAUCAAAGUAUGCAUUAUUUUUAGCAGCUAAAAAAAAAGAGUAUGUACUGUAAAUAGCUUAUGAAACGUCAUGCAAAAGUUUACACCUUUAAGAAUAUACUAUGGGGCUGUUCAGGAUGUUGUGGAAAUGGUCUUGGAUUUGCAGUUGGAAUUGCAUUUGCAUUUGAAAAUUUUAUGCAACGAAUAUGCAAAUGCAGAAGAUCCUGAACGGCCCUUAUGUAAUUUAUUUCUAAUGCAAAUUUACAAGCAAAAAUACUUUUAGUUGGUUAGUA